AGUCGAUGCUUUCCUUCUUCGUUCAACAGCAUCGUCGUCUAUUCGUUCGUUCGUUUCAUUUCGUUUGCCUGUUCAAAGGCAGCCAUCGAAAGUUUUCGCAAUAAAUUUGUUCUAACCUUGAUGAAAAAAUAACCGAUUUAACGACUUUGGUGGUACAUUUUUCCGGAAACUAUAUUCUGUGUAAAAUUAAAGUGUUCCUUCGGUGAUUUAGCAAUCCCUCUAGUUCUAGUGUGGUUAAUGCAGCUGUAUUGAUCCGGGUGCUAUAGGAGGCGUAUUUUUCAGCUCAGUGAAAUCCAUCUGUGCGGUUGUGCUCUGUUAGUGGUUUGGGAAAAAAGAACAAAAAAGUCGCCCAUUCGACAUUUUGGUCCAGUGUGUUAUUUCCUUUAGAAAAAAGUAUACCGAAAAACGUUUCAGCUUAUAAAUGUCAGAACCUCAGUCCUCACUUCUGCUGAAAAAACAGUUGGCAGAAUUAAGUAAAAACCCCGUGGAAGGAUUUUCGGCUGGCUUGAUUGAUGAUAAUGAUAUCUUUAGGUGGGAAGUACUUAUCAUUGGACCUCCAGAUACGCUCUACGAGGGUGGUUUCUUCAAAGCACACCUGCACUUUCCGAAGGAGUAUCCCCUGCGGCCGCCACGUAUGAAAUUCGUCACAGAAAUCUGGCACCCGAAUAUCGACCGCAACGGAGACGUAUGCAUUAGUAUUCUGCAUGAACCGGGCGAUGACAAGUGGGGUUAUGAGAAAGCGUCCGAACGUUGGCUACCGGUGCAUACCGUGGAAACGAUCCUGAUAUCGGUGAUCUCUAUGCUAGCCGAUCCAAACGACGAAUCGCCGGCAAACGUGGAUGCCGCCAAGGAAUGGCGGGAAGCGUAUCCAGAGUUCAAACGAAAAGUGGCACGAUGUGUACGGAAGAGUCAAGAGGAUUGUUAGUAGGAUUUUUUAAUAAUCUUAUAUUUAUUAAUUAAUUAAUUAUUACUAUAAUAAUGAGAAAGGAAAAAAUUAUGAUGAGGAAAGCGAAUGAUAAUAACGAUGCUGAUAAUUGGUUUUCCCUCUCACCCGAGCGAAGAAAAUAGGAUGGUUGUACGCAAAAGCCAGGCAAAAUGAUGACGCUGCGAUAUGUCGUUCGUGUCGCAAAUUCCAAUUUUUAAAAAUUGUGUUUUCAAAUUUUUGAGCUUAGAUGGUUUUCACAUAUAUUUUAUACCGAACUAAAUAGGAACAUUCGAAUCGAUUGUGUAGAACAUUAUUGUGAAUUUUUCACUUGUAAUCUUGAACGAUAGUUUCAGUUCAGUGUGUGUCACCUGCAAAUAAACGUAAAAUAGAAAGCAUGAUCUGUUUCUUUCCUAGAGGCAGCUACAACAAUUUUCGUAGGGUAGGGAACAUAUUCUAAGCAGCUUUAGGAACCGCCUGUGUAUUCAGACGAAAUACUUGAAAUGUGUUGGGUGAAACUCAAACAGUAGUAUAUCAAUCUGUUCUCUAUCGUUUUCUCUGUCAGAACAUGUUUUCAGAUUGUAAAAUUAUUUUAGCAAACUUUAACAAUCAUCAAUCAAAGUUACCAAUCGAGGGACACUAUUCCAAUCACCCCGAACCUAUUUUAAGCAGUUUCCAUCUGUUUUGCAGGCGUUUUUUUCAGCACCCGAAAUGGCUCCUGAAUGGCUGCAAUAUAGGUCGAUUUGUUUCAAUUGCAAUUGUUCACAGAUUUCUUUGUGAUUAAUGGUAUUUAAUAUAUUCGUAAGACAGCUAGACAAUCAAAGUUUUCGUUUCCAUCAUUGAAAUUGUCGAUAUUGAUCAAAAUGCAGGAGUUUGAGGCCUGUUUUCUUCGACUGAUUAAAAUAGGCGCUACUGCUUAAGCCGUUCCCUACCCUAUAUCGAUUGGUAAACAAUAUAAAUUGCGCAAACUGGUUGCUUUUCGAAUUGUUUACAUUUCUUAAGUUAUCGAAAGAAUGUACCUAGCAGGUGAUGUCAAUUUUGCAAUGUAUUGUUUCUAAUAUAUAUGUUAUUUAGGCGAAGGAACGAUGACAGCCGAUAUGAAACAAAAAAGAUGACCGUCAAAAUAAUUCACUCAGGAACUAAACAGCACUUGAUUCUCCUGUUGAAACGAAAUUCUUUGUUUCAGUUGUGUAAUGCGUGUCUUUUAAUAAUGACACAGCAGAAAACUAUAAAAAUAACUCAGCCAAAUAAAUACGGAAUCAUGAUGCGAUUGCUUAUUUGCAUCCACAGCUUUCAAGGUGGCAUAAACAGUACAGUUGAAAUUAAUACUAACCAUAAGUUAAAUUAAUUUCCCCUCAACAACCCUCGAAUUUCUCUUUCUGUGUUCUUUUAAUAUGCUGAUCUACAUUCAAAUUACGGUAAAAUCUGUAACUUUUGUGUGAUACUUUUGUUUCCUAUCGUGAUAAAAACUGUCCAGAUUCAGAAUAACUACUGAACAUCUGAGCAUGUAUAUAAUAAAGUUUCCGCAAUCAGGCAAGCGAAGCAACCAAACCAAACUGAUUUAGUAAAAACUUUCGUCGUAAAUCUUUUGGAAUCAUGCAGGAAUUUCGAAAUAGCUUGUUUACAAACUAAUUCAUACAAUCCACCAACUCAUUCGUCAUUUUUAAAGGCAUGGCACUUAUUUUCCUCGUUCAAUAAAACACAAACUUAUACCAUUAAGUCAACAUGUAUAAAGAAUGUAUGAUGAUUUAAAAAGAUAUAUUCUAUUCUACACAAUAAGGAAGUUCCACGUGUCUCCUAGUUUGGCCUGAUUCAAUGAAUUCAACGGGACUUCCAAAUGUUGUAUGUUUUCAAUUUUCACUCGCUAAAACGCCGCAGAGCCAUGUAAUCCUAUUACGAGAUAAACAAAUCACUAUAUUGGCAGUUGAGGACUUACUUUAAGUAAAGCAAUCAACGUACUGCUGCUGAAUAUCUAAAGACUUGACGGACCGGAUGAUUGGGAUGAACAAUCAAGGUGUAAUAAUAGAAAACAGUUUAUUGCGAUAGACGCGUAAAAUAAAGCAAAAAACACAUAAACACAUAGCAUACGUAUGAACAGUAAAGAAUAAACAAAAGCCUAAGCAAAUUUCAACUA